ACUUGAUUUUUUUUAAUUACUUAAAAUUAAAAAGCACAGACGUCCUCGUUGGAAAAAAAAAAACCUUCACUCCGGUGCUUUUUACUGGAAGUAGAAAAUAAUCUAAACCGUUGAUCUCAAUGGAUCCAAGGGUUUAGAUCUAUUUCUACUACCAUCUCAUAUAACGGUAGUAGAAUCGUGGAAGGGUAAUAUUGUCUAGGAAAAAAUAUUUGUGGAGAGGUAUAAUUGUAAUUAUGCAGUAAUUGUGGAAAGGCCAAGAAAGAAAUAGUAAAAGUCUAAAAAUGGAUUGAAAAGGAUAAGACUGGCAUUACAAUUAAUCAAUCUUAACCCACAGCAUCACAUGGGUAGGGGGUAAAAGAUGGGUAAAUAAACCAACUGUAAGAACAAACCAAGAGAGAACUGUCUCUGAACAAAUGCUCCUAAAUUUAGCAACUUGUCAGGACACAAACUACAAGAACAGAAAUAGAAAGAACAGUCUCAUCCAUCAGUGCAGCCAUUGGACAGCAUUGCGACGCUGCUUUCUCUGCCCAUAAAAGGAAUUGAACCCCACACCCCCCCUCCUACUCUUCCUCCUCCUCCCUCCUCGCCGGAGCUUGGCUGAGCUUGAGCUGAGCUGAGCUGAUCGGCGGCGGCAAUGGCGGGCGGCGCGAUGGUCCAGACGGUGGGUGGCAAGACGUACCCGGGGAAGAUGACCGCGUUCGUGUUCUUCACCUGCCUCGUCGCCUCCUCCGGCGGCCUCAUCUUCGGCUACGACAUCGGCAUCUCCGGCGGCGUCACCUCCAUGGACUCCUUCCUCAGCGAGUUCUUCCCGUCGGUGUACGCGCAGGCGAAGGCGAGCAAGGACACCAACCAGUACUGCAAGUUCGACAGCCAGCUGCUGACGCUCUUCACCUCGUCGCUGUACCUGGCGGCGCUGGCGACGUCGUUCGUGGCGGCGUGGGUCACCCGGGUGUUCGGCCGGAAGUGGUCCAUGUUCUGCGGCGGCGUCACCUUCCUCGCCGGCUCGGCGCUCAACGGCGCCGCCACCGACGUCAUGAUGCUCAUCCUCGGCCGCAUCCUCCUCGGCAUCGGCGUCGGCUUCGCCAACCAGUCCGUGCCGCUCUACCUGUCGGAGAUGGCGCCGGCGAACCUCCGCGGGAUGCUCAACAUCGGCUUCCAGCUCAUGACCACCAUCGGCAUCCUCUCCGCCAACCUCAUCAACUACGCGACGUCGAGCAUCGAGGGCGGGUGGGGGUGGCGCAUCGGCCUCGGCCUCGCCGGCGUGCCCGCGCUCAUCAUCACGCUCGGCGCGCUCGUCCUCCCGGACACCCCAAACUCCCUCAUCGCCCGCGGCUACGCCGGCGACGCCAAGCGCGUCCUCGUCAAGAUCCGCGGCACGGACGACGUCCACGACGAGUACGACGACAUGGUAGCGGCAAGCGAAGAAGCCGCCUCGAUCGAGCACCCAUGGCGGAACAUCCUCCAUCGCAAGUACCGCCCGCAGCUCACCAUCGCCAUCCUCAUCCCGUGCUUCCAACAGCUCACCGGCAUCAACGUGAUCAUGUUCUACGCGCCGGUGCUCUUCCUCACCAUCGGCUUCGCCGGCGACGCGUCGCUCAUGUCCGCCGUGAUCACGGGCCUCGUCAACAUGUUCGCCACCGUCGUCUCGAUCAUCUCCGUGGACCGCCUCGGCCGCCGCGUGCUGUUCCUCCAGGGCGGCACGCAGAUGUUCAUCUCCCAGGUGGUGGUCGGGACGCUGAUCGCGCUCCAGUUCGGCGUCGCGGGCGUCGGCGAGAUGUCGCGGUCGUACGCCAUCUUGCUCGUGCUGUUCAUCUGCAUGUACGUGGCCGGGUUCGCGUGGUCGUGGGGGCCCCUGGGGUGGCUGGUGCCGAGCGAGGUGUUCGCGCUGGAGAUCAGGUCGGCGGGGCAGAGCAUCGCGGUGUGCGUCAACAUGAUGCUGACGUUCGUCAUCGGGCAGGCGUUCCUCACCAUGCUGUGCCACCUCAAGUUCGGCCUCUUCUACUUCUUCGCCGGGUGGAUGCUGGUCAUGACCACCUUCGUCGCGCUCUUCCUGCCGGAGACGAAGGGGGUGCCCAUCGAGGAGAUGAACCACGUCUGGAGCCGGCACUGGUUCUGGGGCAGCUACGUCACCGCCCACGACGUCGCCGGCGCCGGCGCCGGAGGAGGAGGAAACCGCAGAAGCCACAACGUCUAGCUCUUACAUAUACUAUUACCGUUUACGAGUUACGCGAGAGAGAGAGAAUUAAUGGGUAGGUUGUGUAAUUAGGUAAUGCAAGAAUUAAUUAAACCAAUUAAUUUCAAGGGACAGGUUUUUAAUUAAUUAAUUAAUUCGGGGAGGGGGGAGCUUUAGAAUUUGGUCGGGGCAGGUUAAUUUCAGGGUAUUUGUUGUAUAGAUUUUGAAUUUUAUAGGUGUUUUCUUUUUAUGAAAUUCUUAUGUAGUAAAUUCUUUGGAGAGCGCUACAAAUAUCGCAUGGUGUUGCCGCGCAUGUAGAGUACUGUUUCUCUAACCAAUAAAAAAUGUUUCAAC